GGCUGGCAGCUUCCCCCGUACAUCGGUGGGUGGAUGGUAUCAUCUCCACACUGGCGGCCUCCCCCGGCGCUCUAGGUUUGUUCCAAUCAGGAUUUCCUUUACGUCCAGGUUGGUCUUUAUCAUGGCUUCCCCUCGGACCGUCACUGUUCUGGCUCUGUCUGUAGCCCUUGGACUUUUCUUUGUCUUCAUGGGAACCAUUAAACUGACCCCCCGCCUCAGCAAGGACGCCUACAAUGAGAUGAAAAGAGCAUAUAAAGGCUAUACAAAGGCUCUGCCGAUUUUAAAAAAGAUGGGAAUAAGCUCUAUUCUGUUGCGGAAGAUUAUUGGCACCUUAGAAGUAGCUUCUGGAAUUGUGAUGACAUUAGUUCCUGGAAAACCCAAAGACGUGGCUAACUUUAUCCUCCUCCUGGUCAUGUUGGCAGUUCUCUUCUUUCAUCAGCUGGUAGGUGACCCACUGAAGCGCUACGCCCAUGCUUUAGUCUUUGGCAUCCUGCUGACCUGCCGUCUUCUGAUAGCACGCCAGCCUGACGAACAGCCAGAACGGGAAGUUACGUUUCAAGGUGCCACAGAAGAGCUUCAGCAAAGUGACUCGCAGGAGAAGAAUAAGAUGAAGGUGUCUUAAUAUCCAUCGCAGAGGGAGGUCCUUCUGGCAGAAUGUUUCCGGAGAGCCCAGAUAUUUCCUUUUUUACAGUUAGAAACCAGUGACAGUGUGCACUUUUUAAAUUAAAGUUUCUUUCCAAAACUCAUUGAUCCCAGGACAGAAACAGAUGGAAGGAACUGGGGUAUAGUUUUUAAAAGUUAGUUGGCUGAAAAAGCAGGAAGAGACUGCAUGGAGUGAAGAGAGAGAAAAGAAAUGUACUCCUUUCUUUCCCAUUGCCAGAGACUGGACAUGUUUGGAUGUUUCCUGGGUAAUGCCCGCUACACUCUGCGUUCAAGUUGGGAAGACAUGUUAGGACUGGGUUCCUACAUCUCAAUCAUUACGCCUUUGUAAUCUUCUUCCAUUUCCAUGUCAGACAUAGCUUGUUUAACUGUCCAGAUUUUUGCCUUCUGUUUUUGGUCUGUUCCUCAUAAAGUUUGUAGUUUUAUGGCAAAUCACUGACGAUUGAAGUCACUAAAUAUUG